AUGGUCGUCAACAUCACCGCCGAAGAUCCCCAGCCCACCAUCCACAGCCACAUCAAUGGUACCACCAACGAGAUUCUCGAUCGGCUCUGCGUGACCGAGCUUCUCAAAGGCUGGCCGGUAUACCGAGACGCCUCCGAAUGGGCCCAUUACCGUAACUGCUUCGCCGAGCAGGCGUACAUCUUCACAACCUGGAGCGGCGGUAUGCCCAUCGAUGAAUUCAUCGAAGUCUCCAAGAAGGGCCGGCGCAAUGGGGACCACAUUAUGCACCGCGAGAACGGCACCCUCGUCGAGCUCAACCCGGCGACCGGCCGCGCCGUGGGCAAGAUGAAGGCCACCAUCACCCAGCGCUUCGUGUUCAACGGGGUGGAGUGUGACGUCGAAUGCGACUGUCGCUUUAUCAUGUGGUGCCAGAAGGAUCCGGCGGGCUGGAAGGUGCACUACAAGCGUCUGUUCUACGAGAAGGACAAGAUCCUGCCCGUCGACGGCAAGAAUGUCCCCGAGUUUUCGGCGGAGGAAUUGGCGCCGUACCCUUAUGGGUAUCGGUAUCUGGGCGCGGCGCAGGCCCGGCUGGGCCAUAAGAUCAAGCUGGACUUGCCGACGAUGGAGGAUAAUGAGAAGUUCCGCGGCAUGUACGAGGCCAUGGAGGAGUGGCUGAGAGGGGAGGAUAUCAAGCAGACGUUGGGGAUUCCGCUGUGA